AUGGUCUCACUGUUGAAACAGCCGUCUGGAGCCUCGCGACCAGAAUGGCAGAAAUUUUUGCGUCAAUGCCUUCUCCAGAGAAUCAGCGCGGAUGAGUUUCACAACCUAGCCAAAGUGAUGCUACGCCGCCACCCUAUUUCACAUAUGGAUCUUUUUGAUGUUAUCCUAGAGUCGAGGGCAGUUACGGAUUUUGAUUGGGACCCGUUAAUACCAGACUAUGUGGAUGCCGUCCAAAAGCUGACACAGGUCGAGCUAUUUAAUAUUUUGCCGUCUCUCCUGGCUCACUCGAGCAUCACGUCCGAUAUUCGGCGCUGGAAGAAACAAAAUGAAGCACAAAACCAAGAUAUGGACCAAAAGGUUGAUGAGAAAGGGUCUACGGAGCCUGCGGACUCUAAAGGGCCUGCCACUCUAUUGACUGAUUACGGCAUCAUACAAAAUGUGAUUACAGCUGUGACCACUGGCCAUGCUCCAAAGGUACCUCUUGAGUUCAUGGAUACUUGUUCUGCUAUAGCCGACUGGAUUUUAGCCCUAGUGUCGUGGAAUGCUCAUCUGGGGUCAGAAAAGGGUGAGGGCAGUGGAACACAGCUGUUGGCCACUCCUGAUGUGGUCUCUAUAUUCAUAGCUGUCGGUUUUCUUUUUGGAGCCUUAGCAGGAACGGAAGUGGGUGCAAACGCACUAUCAUUUCAACACGCAGGAACAUACUCCCCUAUAUGUGCCGAGAUAUCCAUUCCCUUACGAAACAGGCUUGAUCAAUUGCAGAAGGAAUUCAGCCUUUUUCUGAAAGGUGAAAAGUCAAAUCAAGAUCAUGUUAUAGAGGAUACUGCUGUUUCUACCUUGGAGUUUGAAUCUAGAGUUGUGGACAUUCCUCCAGUAAGCUCUAGGGCUGGGUUGUAUAUAUAUGUCAACUCUCUGGGGAAUCACAUGGCACUUGUUGAGGAGCUUAUUGCAGCGUCAUUUGAUGUCUUAUCAAAUGGAAUGUACCGCAACGAGCCACAGCAAUCAAUGUUUCUCUUCCGGGCAUUUCUCGUCAACAAACUCCCUCCGUUCUUGUCGGACCUAGCAGGAUCGGUGGUAGAGCCAAUACCAGUUGAACUAUGUAUCACUCGUGCUUUAGCGCGGGUAGACCCAAACACGUUCCCAUCAUUUUCAGAAAUAUUCUCUACCCAUGGUAAUUCGGUUUUGUCUGACGUGAGACAAGAGUUUCUUUUCUCGUGUGCUUUGCAUAAAUUAAUACCCGAGUCAAGUAUUGAACGCCUCUUGGGAGAGAACCCAAUGCAAACAUUGCCAAAUGGUGGAAGAUUGGUCAAGCACGAUCUAGUUGCUCAGAUAAACAAUAACCAUGAAAGGGCAGAGCAAUUGCUGAAUGGUAUCGAGUCGAUGGAUGGCAACGCAAGGGCAAUUGUUGAAGCUAUAGCGGAGACACUGGACAUCAUGCUACUCUUCAAGAGCCCACAAGCUAUAUUGCAACCUCUUUGUGCCUUGUUGGACUCCUGGAAGUGGGAGGAAGAUCAAGGGGAAAGCCAGCCUGUCUACGAUGAAUUUGGAAGUGUUCUUCUCCUGGUUCUUGCUUUCAAGUAUAAAUAUGAUCUGAGUUACCAAGACCUUGGGAUUUUCAAUCCGGAUUCAUUUAUGUGCCGAUUACUCGAGAAAGGUUCAUCAAGUCAAAAGCUGGAGGAUUUGACGGAGAAACAACAGCAAAACCUUGGAGCGUGGGUUACAGCACUGUUCAUCGCUGAAGGAAUUAGUGAUGAAUCCAUGUCCUCUUGUAGCCCGCAAGAAUUCUAUCUUCUGGUUGCUACACUAUUCUGCCAGAGCUUGAGCGCGUGUGAAGCCGGAAAGCUGGAGUUUGACACUCUCAAGGAGCCCUUCCUGCUACCUUCGCUGGUGAUGGCCCUGUCGUGGAUGGGCAAACAUAUUUGGAAGUCUGGCACCGACCUCACCACUACCCUUAAACUUCUAGCUACCCUUGUUAAGCCUACCUCUAUAUCUGGAGAGGCUCAGGAAAUCCAUCGUACAGUACUAUCGAUUACGGCACGGGAGCUUGCCGAUGAACUGAGAACUGCAAAAGCCCGUCACCCUUCGAGAACAGAUAUUGAACCCAUCCUUCAAGCACUUGAGCCGUAUCAGUCCUUUCAGCGGACGGGCACUUCUAAUCGUUCCGAAUUGGAAGGAUGGAGAUCCAGCUCUGCCCCUGGUGGAAUGGUCACAGGGAUUCGAAACACAUUCUCGUCACUGGUACUCUGGAGCACAGACCCUGAGAUCAGUAUGACUCCCCCAAGCUAUACCCAUAGGCAACUAUCAGCUGGAUUGAAACAUCUAGGUUCUGUCCGAGUUCUAGCGGGAAUACUCGAAGAACUUAAGUUGCAGAGUGAAACUGGGAGUGGUGACCUGGCCAUUGAUAUCGCGGCAACUUUGAUAUGUGCACCGAUGCGUGAGUGUUUCUCGUUGGAACAAGCAGCGUAUCAAUCGGUAGGUGGUUCUUUGAAGGAUUCAUUGCCCCGCCGCCAAAUGCUCAAUCUCAGAGAUGCACUUAACCUUCAGAGAGAGUCCCUCUCCAAGAUGAUAGAGUAUGAACCUCACCGAGCUGAGCUCAUUGUUCGGCUGGCUAGACGCGUUGAUACCAUCACUUCUAUUCCACAAAUACCCCAGGGAGUUGAAAAUAUCGACGUUGGUAAUAUUAUGGCAAAUAUGGACCUUACGGGCGUCGAAGAAAACGGACAGAUGCAAAUAGACGUAGCUCAGCAGGCGGAGCAGCAAGACCAGCAGCACCAAAAUCUCACCGCUACCGGAACCGAUGCGACUCCUGGCACCAUAGACGCAAUUCUGGAUGCAGCUACUGCAGGAGUGACUGCACCACCCGCUGGGACCGAAGUAACUAUGGCUCAUUCAGAUAUGGAUGCGAGCAUUUUUGACGACAUGUUAAAUCCUACAGAUAUGGGUGUUGGGAACCCAGAGUUUAUUGAUUUGGAUAUGGAGGGGAUGUUCUAG